AUGGUAACCAUAGUCGUCAGUAGCUCCAUGUAUACCGAGCGGCGACAGGCUAUUCGUAAUACGUGGGGUGCAAAUGGAAAAGCCUCAAAUUCAAAGCUGUUCUUCCUGUUGGGUACGUCCAUAAGCGGGAACAACGAUAUUGCAAAAGAAUUCGAGCUUUAUCAAGACAUUAUACAAGUGGAUAUAUUAGACAGGUACCAAAACCUGACUUACAAGUCGGUUGCAAUGCUUCAGUGGUUCAACGAUUAUUGUUCAAACGCUCAAGUGUACAUGAAAGCGGAUGACGACGUCUAUGUAAACACGGAUAAUGUUUUAACAAAACUGAUCACUCUGACGAACACAAGUAGAUUUUUCUUAUGUCACGUGUUUCGCAACGCACCUCCAAAUCGUGACGUAAGAUCGAAAUGGUACACGUCAGAAACCGAAUAUGAUAAGCCUUAUUUUCCAACGUACUGCUCGGGCAUUGCGUACAUCAUGCAUGGAACUAUUUUACAAGACCUAUAUUCAUCCGCGCGAAUAGCAAAAUACUUAACUAUGGAAGACGUUUUCAUUACCGGAAUUUCUGCGCGUGACUUGAAAGUAACGCACAUUCAUGACGAAAACAUCUGGUGGACAAAGGCGCCACCUAACGGCUGUGCCUUUCAGAAGUUGCUAGUCGCUCAUUACAUGACGCCAAACGACAUGUUUGUGGUGUUUUCCCAACUGCAGAGUAACGAGGUCAACUGUACGACGAACGUGAAUAAAUAUCUGAAAAUAGUUGAAGACAUGACCUGA